UCACAAUUAGUACAUCUCUACUAAAAAUAAAAAAUGUCAGCCUGCAGCAAGAUCCGCCACAUUGUCCGGAUCCGGCAGAUGCUGCGGCGGUGGCGCAAGAAGGCCGCGAUGGCGGGCCGGCGCCCUCCCUGCGACGUGCCAGCAGGGCACGUCGCAGUGAGCGUUGGGCCGACCUGCAAGCGGUUCGUGAUCCGGGCCACGCACUUGAACCAUCCCAUACUCAGGAAGCUGUUGGCCCGGGCAGAGGAAGAGUUCGGCUUCUCCAACACGGGCCCCUUGGCGAUCCCGUGCGACGAGUCCCAUUUCGAGGAGAUCCUUUGUUACCUGGCCCGGCACGACCCCGGCGCUAAAAGCCCGGCCCGGUUCACGACCUCGGAGGAAUACUGCCGCGUGAGGUGUCGAAGCAACCUCGAUAUCACUCGGCCGCUCUUGCACGGGUAAAUUGAUCGUCUGAGUUUGAUGAGUUCGAGACACUCUCUUUCUCUUUCAACUCCGAAUUUUUGUGAGUGGCGAAUGUGUAUGAAUUGAUGGAGAUGGCAUGAAGGUGGGGUGGCUGAGUCACCACUGAGUCACCACCGAGUCGUCCCGAGUCAUUUCCAACUACAACAUAUUGCGCCGGAAGACCAACUUGUAGAUGAAAUUAACCAUUUUUAUGGAUUCAUUUGUAAACGAACAAUGUGUUCAAUUAUCUUGAAUCAAUCGUAAUUCAUUUGUCACAA